AUGGCAUCUGCUUUUCAAGUCAAUGAAAUCUCCCAGUUAUCUAAACAAGUUAAAGUGCUGGCCAUUGGGAUUGGCCAGGCUGAUGGAGACACUGCUGCAGUAACAUUGACAGAAGACCUAGCUAUUAAGCUGUCUACAGAGUCUAGUAUCAGUGAAAUGUUUGACAGCCGCAGGGACAAAUAUGUAUUAGCAACAUUGCUUAAUCCAUGUUUCAAGGGCAGAAUUGAAACCAUGCCUUCACCCUAUGCAGGCACAGAUUGCUGGAAGGAUACUGUCAUAAAUAAUAGUGCUGGAGGUCAUACCAUUAUGCACCUCCUCUUCUCCCUCAUCCUUCCACUUAGCUCCCCUAGGCCAAGUAUAUCUCAUAAAGCAGAAGACGCACAAGCUUCUGGAACAUCACAGAGUGCAAAAGAAGUAAUCACAGCAUACCUAUAG